AUGAAGGUUUCUGCAGCACUUCUGUAUCUGCUGCUCAUGGCAGCCACCUUCAGUCCCCAGGGACUUGCUCAGCCAGAUGCAGUUUCCAUUCCAAUCACCUGCUGCUUUAAUGUGAUCAAUAAGAAAAUUCCUAUCCUGAGGCUGGAGAGUUCUACAAGAAUCAGCAACAUCCAGUGUCCCCAGGAAGCUGUGAUCUUCAAGACCAAAUGGGGCAGGGAGGCCUGUGCUGACCCCAAAGAGAGGAUCAGAGAUUCCAUGAAGCAUCUGGGCCAAAUAUCCCAAAAUCUGAAGCCUGGAGCCUUCAUACCUGAACUAAGAAUCAGAGCCUGAAGGAAACUUAUUUAUCUUUCCCAAGCUCCCCCAGGUACAGUGUGACAUUAUUUUAUUAUCACUUCUGCAAAGAGAUUCUUUUUAAAUAAUUUAAAGCACAAUAUUUCUUAAAUAUUUAAUUAUAUUUAAGUUAUUGUUGUUUUAACUCCAUCUGCCAUACAUCCUGGUGAAUGUGAAAUACAAAAUCCUGGAGAUGUGUUUUUUUGUUUUUGUCUUCCUGUGAGCUCAAUUAAGUUCACGUGAAAAUGUCAUUGUUCUCCCUCCUACCUGUCUGUAGUGUUGCGAGGUCCUCCCAUGGAUCAUCGGGGGUGAAACACUCUUGAAUUCUUUGGCAAUCAAUGCUCCUGUAAGUCAGAUGUGUGCUUUGUACUGCUGCGGUUGAAAUUAAUGUUACUGUGUAUAACUACAGAAUUUUGAAAAAAUUUGCAAAAAGAAAAAGAUAUAUAAUUUAAAACUA